GAAGAGCUUUGUAUUAUUUUAGGUACUGUACUCUUUAGGACUUUUAGCCAACACUUUACCUUUUAUGUCUAGUUAAUGCAGCAUUCCCCUUUAACCAAAAAAAAAUUUGUUGACAUUUCCCUUUUAACAAAAACGAACGGCCUUACCCUUUUUUCUGAUCAACCCAUGAGAUUGAAUUCACAAGGGUCAACAAUUCAGAUUAUUAUUUGCUCUUCUGUCUUCCUCAGAUUUUGGCUCUUCUGACAAAGAAAUUUGGGCCACUGCAAGACAUACCACUGACUGACAUGGCCUCUAUUGACCUAAAAAGUAAUGUGACUUAAUCUUGUUUGCUUGUCUAAUUUUAUAUCCAUUGGACCCUUCUUGGUUGAAAGACAAGCCUUGAAUUUGUGACAAGUUCACAAACUGUCACCAAGUUUUCUUCCACGUCUGUAGUUAAGCCUUGAGCUUUAGUAGGCUUUAUCAAUCGCAUGUCUGGUCAUUUGUAAAGCUGCAUAACAUCUAGGAGUCCCCAUUUUCAGCAAUGUGAACAAAGAUGGAGCAAGAGAAAGUACCCAUCUUGAGAACUAAUUCCCAGCUGGAAAUUGAAAUUCCAAUAGUCUCUGAGGAAAUUGAUGUACUUCCCAUGCCACCGAAGUCAUCUUGCAAAUCUCUCUGUGCUUUCUCCAAACUAGAAAAUGGUACUUUGGAGUCAGAAGCACGAUCAAAGUCAGCCAUAAAACUGUGGGGACUCAUAAUUUUCUAUGUAUUAGUUAUGGUAGUAGAGAUUGUUGGUGGUUUGAAGGCCAAUAGCCUUGCAGUUCUCACAGAUGCAGCCCACUUGCUCUCUGAUGUUGCUGGGUUCUCCAUCUCUCUUUUCACAGUUUGGGCUUCAGGUUGGAGGGCAACAUCACACCAGUCUUUUGGAUACAGUCGUCUUGAGGUUUUGGGUGCCCUUAUAUCCGUGCAGCUCAUAUGGCUGAUCUCUGGGAUCUUAAUCUAUGAAGCCAUUGAUAGAAUUCUUCACAAAAAAGCAAUGGUGAACGGGCCUCUAAUGUUUGCAGUUGCUGCAUUUGGAUUUAUUAUUAACUGUCUGAUGGUUGUAUGGCUUGGUCACAAUCAUGAUCACAAUCAUAAUCACAAUCAUCAUGCGUGUGGACACGGGGAUCAUGAUCAUGAAAGAGAGGAUGAGGAAUGUGCAACAACCGAGGAGAAGACUAAUUUGGUGUCAGAUUCUCCAGUAAAGACCAAAAUGUUGAACAUAAAUGUCCAAGGGGCUUACUUGCAUGUUUUGACUGAUCUGAUUCAGUCAGUUGGGGUGAUGAUUGCUGGAGCUAUCAUAUGGGCAAAACCCAAUUGGUUAAUGGUUGAUCUGAUGUGCACUCUUGUAUUUGCUGUUCUUGCUUUAAGUACUACGCUGUCCAUGCUUGGAAAGAUUUAUGGCAUAUUGAUGGAGAGGACUCCAAGCGAGAUCAACAUUGAUAAGCUGGAAAAUGGCCUCAGAUGUAUCAAAGGAGUUCAGGAUAUUCAUGAUCUACAUGUUUGGGCAAUAACAGUAGGGAAAAUUGUGUUAUCUUGCCAUGUGACAGCUGAAUCUGGAGUUUGCUCAAGUGAAUUACUUUUCAAGAUUAGGGAUUUCUGUGAAAAAACAUACAGAAUACAUCACGUGACUAUACAAAUUGAAUAGAAUUAUAAUGAUUUCUCAUAUAAAAAUAGAAAUUCAAGGUUCUCUCA